AUGGCCGCCAAGGAUAUUGCAAGCGAUAUGCUUGAUAAUCCUGAGCUUUACGGUCUUAGAAGGUCGGGCCGAGCCUCUGCAGUUACCAACACGCGUUAUUUUUCUGACGAUGAUGAAGAAGAUGAACAAGUCGUUACCAGAAGGCGAGGCAGAAAGGCAAAACAAGAAGACGAUUACAUGACGGACAAAGCAGAUGAUGUCAGUGAAGAAGAUGACGAAGUGAAUGAAGACAGUUCAGCAGACGAUGACGAGGACGUCGCAUAUUCGAAGACUCGGCCAAGGAAAAGAGCUACCGCAAAGUCUAAAAAGAAGGCGGCGGAUGAUGACAUUGAACUUCCCACAAGAUUUUCGUCCAGAAACAAUAGAUCUGUGAACUACAACAUCGAUUAUUCUGACGAUGAUCUUUUGGAAUCUGAAAAUGAAGAAGCCAACGAGGAUAUAGAUGAAUACGAUUACACCCCAACACCUGCACCACAAGAAGGUCACAAUGUUGAUUUGGUUGUGACGCAUAGGCUGAAAUCAGAAAAAAAGGAGUCCCAGGGCGUUCCUGACGUAGCCACCUGCAAAGAGAGUUACGAAUUCUUGAUAAAAUGGACUGACGAGUCGCACUUACACAAUUCUUGGGAAACCUACUCAGAGAUCGGGCAGGUUCGCGGUAUCAAAAAAAUCGACAAUUAUAUCAAGCAGUUCAUUAUAUUGGAUAAGCAGAUUCGCGAAGAUCCUUACACUACAGCUGAGGACAUGGAAGUAAUGGAUUUAGAACAAGAACGUCGUCUCGAUGAGUUUGAGGAAUAUAAGAUCCCAGAAAGGAUAAUAGAUAGCGAUCGUGUUAGCAUGGAAGAUGGAUCUUCUCAAUUACAAUACCUUGUGAAAUGGAGGAGGCUAAACUAUGAUGAAGCGACAUGGGAAAAUGCAGGAACAAUUGUCAGAAUGGCUCCAGAUCAAGUUAAACACUUUCAAAAUAGGGUCAAUUCGAAGAUUUUACCACAGUAUUCAAGCCACUACGGAUCUGAAAGACCCAAGUUCGAGAAGUUGAGCGAGCAGCCAUCUUUUAUAAAGGGCGGUGAGCUCAGAGAUUUUCAGCUGACGGGUAUCAACUGGAUGGCAUUUUUGUGGUCGAAGAAUGACAAUGGGAUUUUAGCUGAUGAAAUGGGUCUUGGAAAAACUGUUCAGACUGUCGCCUUUAUAAGUUGGCUCAUAUAUGCCCGUAGACAAAAUGGGCCUCACCUUGUCGUGGUACCGUUGUCAACUAUGCCUGCUUGGCAGGAGACCUUUGAAAAGUGGGCACCUGAUUUGAAUUGCAUAUAUUUCAUGGGGAAUCAAAAGUCUAGGGAUGCGAUACGUGAGAAUGAAUUUUACACAAACCCUCAAGCGAAGACCAAGAAACACGCCAAAUUUAAUGUUCUUCUCACAACGUAUGAAUACAUCUUGAAGGACCGCGCUGAACUCGGCGCUAUGAAAUGGCAAUUCCUUGCUGUCGACGAGGCACAUAGAUUAAAAAACUCCGAGUCAUCACUAUAUGAAUCGUUAAACAGCUUCAAAGUUGCAAACCGGCUUUUGAUUACGGGUACCCCGCUUCAAAAUAACAUCAAAGAAUUGGCGGCACUGGUUAACUUUUUAAUGCCUGGUCGGUUUACAAUUGAUCAAGAGAUUGAUUUUGAGAAUCAGGACGAAGAACAAGAGACUUAUAUCAGAGAAUUGCACAGCAGGUUGCAACCAUUUAUUCUGCGUCGUCUGAAAAAGGAUGUUGAAAAGUCUUUGCCCUCCAAGACCGAGAGGAUUUUGAGAGUUGAGCUUUCUGACGUCCAGACAGAUUACUACAAAAACAUUCUCACGAAGAAUUAUAGCGCACUUUCAGCAGGCUCUAAAGGUGCACAUUUUUCUCUGCUGAAUAUUAUGAAUGAACUCAAAAAAGCUUCCAACCAUCCUUACCUAUUUGAUAUGGCAGAGGAUCGGGUAUUGGCAAAAUUCGGUGAUGGAAAAAUGUCACGAGAAAACAUUCUUCGAGGACUCAUUAUGUCUUCUGGUAAAAUGGUCCUACUGGAUCAACUUUUGACCCGACUGAAAAAGGAUGGUCACAGAGUUCUUAUUUUUUCGCAAAUGGUUCGGAUGUUAGACAUCUUGGGCGACUACUUGAAUAUCAAAGGAGUUAACUACCAGCGAUUGGAUGGUACAGUGCCAUCUGCGCAAAGACGUAUUUCCAUCGAUCAUUUCAAUUCUCCAGAUUCCAAUGAUUUCGUGUUUCUCCUAUCAACGAGAGCGGGCGGUUUAGGCAUCAACCUGAUGACAGCUGAUACAGUUAUCAUUUUCGAUUCCGAUUGGAACCCUCAGGCAGACUUACAAGCAAUGGCGCGUGCUCACCGUAUUGGGCAGAAAAACCAUGUAAUGGUUUACCGUUUUGUAUCAAAAGAUACUGUCGAAGAAGAGGUCUUGGAAAGGGCUCGUAAAAAGAUGAUUUUAGAAUACGCAAUUAUUUCUCUUGGUGUUACAGAUGGGAGCAGUGUUGCACAAAACAAAAAAAGUGACCCAUCUGCUGGGGAACUUUCAGAAAUUUUAAAGUUUGGUGCGGGAAAUAUGUUCAAAGCCAAAGAUAAUCAGAAGAAACUGGAAGAUCUUAACUUAGACGACGUUUUGAACCACGCUGAAGAUCAUGUUACAACACCUGAUCUUGGGGAGUCGCAUUUGGGUGGAGAAGAAUUUUUGAGACAGUUUGAGGUAACAGACUACAAGGCUGACGUUGAAUGGGACGACAUUAUUCCUGAAGAAGAGCUAAAAAAGCUUAAGGACGAAGAGCAAAAAAGAAUGGAUGAAGAGUAUGUUCAAGAACAACUGCAACUCAUGAAUAGAAGAAACAACGCGCUAAACAAAAUCAAAGCUAGCGUCAACGGCAAUGGCACAAAGGGCAGUGAUGAUGGCGAUGAUGACGAUUCUACUUCCAGAAAGAAGUCUAGGGCCAACAACUUAGACUCAUUUGGAGAGAGGGAAGUGAGGGCCAUUUACAAAUGCAUUUUGAGGUACGGUAAUUUGGAUGAUAAAUUUGAAGAGCUUAUAGCAGAUGGCACUCUUCCUGUUAAAACUAUCGACGGGUACUCGAGAAUUUAUCACGAAAUGAUUCACGAAGCUAAAGUCAGUAUAAAGAGGGAAGAGGAGAAGCGUACUGCAGUCCUUUCGGCCCUCGAAAAGAGUGCGCAGGCCUAUAAAGAGAAACUGAAGGCUGGUGGACAAGCCAUUGACGAAAAAGAUAAAUCCAGCCCUAUAGCCAAACUUGCGGCGAAGAGAAAAGAAAAGAAAGCAGUUCUUUUCGAGUUUUAUGAUGUGAAAGCCUUAAACGCGGAGACGAUACUGGCCCGGCCUGAUGAGAUGAGUUUUUUGACAACUUUUUUGCGUAAAAACUACCUUGAGGACCCUCUCAAGUUUAAGUUCUUGAACAAGUUUCCGAAACCUGUCACAAAUUGGAAUUGUGCCUGGAACAAGGACGAUGACGAAAAGCUAAUGGUCGGAGUUAGCAAAUAUGGGUACGGAGCAUGGGGGCAAAUCCGUGACGACCCUUUCCUUGGUUUAUCGGACAAAAUUUUCUUAAAUGAAUCUCAGCCAAGUUCCGUGAAACCAGAGGCUUCUUCUUUGGCUGACAAAAAAGCAAAAGGCGGUAAUUCUGUGAAUAACAAAAAGGUGCCAGGAUCAGUUCACUUGGGAAGGCGAAUAGAUUAUUUGUUCGCUGUACUAAAAGAAGAAGUCAAGCCUCUAACUUCAUCCGGGAACAACAGCGGAAACUCAUCUCCCUCAAACGGGGUAUUAGCAGCGUCCAAAAAGCGUCAAAGAAAACCAGCAUCGAGCAGAAGUGCGACUCCCGAUAGCAAAUCCGAAGAUAGUCGUUCUGUUCCAGCGAAACGUGCUAAGAAGGCAACCACUAGUCGUGGAAGUCCACCACCCCUUGCGGGUUUCUCCAAAAAGGCCAAGAAUGGCAAGAGCAGUAAUACAGUUCAAAAGGAAAAGACUAUCUCAAACAAAGAAUAUGAUAGUAUGGAGGAGGUUGAGUGCAAGCAAACUAUGCAGCCACUCAAAGCCUCUUUAUUGAAAUUAAGCCGCGGAGGCAAGGGUUUAGACAGGAAACAGUGGGCGCACAUAUUGAAACAAGAAUUAAGGGCUGUGGGUGAUCACAUUGAAGCCCACAAGGUACAAUCCAAGAACCACUCCCCAGAAAAAUUCCGCAAGCAUUUAUGGGCUUUCAGUGCUCAGUAUUGGCCCGCAGAAGUCAAAAGCUCAAAGCUGAUAGCCAUGUAUGAUAAAAUUGUUGCUAGCGGUAGCCACUAA